CGUCAUGAGCGCCGUGACCUCCAAUCAGGAAGUGAAGGCAAACCGAUCAGUCUCAUCGAAACUAACUCCUCGCCCGCGUCUGAAGAGGAAUUCACAUACCUGCAUCAUGCUUGGUGGUGGGUUUAAAUCGGAGAGACUUCGUGUCAAUCUCAGACUCGUCAUAAACCGCCUCAAACUUCUUGAGAAGAAAAAAACUGAAUUAGCCCAGAAGGCUCGUAAAGAAAUAGCAGACUACCUGUCGGCAGGCAAAGAUGAGCGUGCGAGAAUCAGAGUCGAGCACAUCAUCAGAGAAGAUUACUUGGUGGAGGCCAUGGAGAUCCUGGAGUUAUACUGUGAUCUACUCCUCACCCGCUUUGGCUUAAUACAGUCCAUGAAAGAACUCGACCCUGGUCUACAGGAAGCGGUGUCCACACUCAUCUGGGCUGCCCCACGCUUGCAAGCAGAAAUCCUAGAACUGAAGAUUGUUUCAGACCAGCUGUGUGCCAAAUACAGCAAAGAGUAUGGAAAGCUAUGCAGGACAAACCAGAUCGGAACAGUUAAUGAUAGGCUUAUGCACAAACUGAGCGUGGAGGCCCCUCCAAAGAUUUUGGUGGAGCGUUACCUCAUUGAGAUUGCGAAAAACUACAACGUCCCCUAUGAACCUGAUGCCAUGGUUCGGCCAGAGGUGUGUACGGGUGAAGAGGCCGAUCUGAUCGAUGUGGACAGUGACUUCAAGAAGCCCGGAGGUGGUGGUGGUGGUGGUGGAGGGUUCACAGCCCCAGCAGUAGGCAUGCCCAUGCCUAUGCCCAUGCCCAUGCCCAUGCCCACAGCUUUCAACUACCCAGCACCCAAAGGAGCUGAGCCCUUUAAUGGUCCAGUUGGCACCUAUGAUGGCUUUAGCAACUUCCAGCCCCCAGUGAGAGGAGGGCAGCCCCCACAGCUCCCCAGCUGCCCACCCACCUAUGAAUCUAUCGAUGAUAUAUCAAUGAAGCCCUCUUAUCCUCACCAGGUGAUCUCAGGACCAUCUCCGUCUGGUAAGAUCUACGACAACACGAACCUUCCCGAGCUUCCGUCUGUUCCUGACACACUCCCCGCAUCCUCGUUUGGAGGAAACGCCAAUACGUCAGAAGACAUCGACUUUGACGACCUGUCAAGACGCUUUGAAGAACUCAAGAAGAAGACCUAAUCAUCGAGAACAUCUGGGGGUCAAGACCUCUUCAUAACCCUCAUCUGCCACACAAGACUAAUUCCCAUCAAAGAUAUAAAUGUACCCUGUCCAUAAUCACAUACUGCUCUUUUUACUUUUGGUGGAGGUGUAUUAUAAUAUUUGUUACUUAUCAGAAUGAAGGAUCUGAUGCAGGAUAGACGCUUGUGAUUGGCAGUGGCAGAAAAUUCAACAAACUCACUUAAGACUUUUACCUACAUGGACUGUUGUCACAACGCCACCCUUUUUAUGAGCACUUUGCAUACAGGGCCUUGCUGACAACUACAACUAGUUAGUUAUCUCUAAUGUAUUAUAACUUUAGUGGCAUGUAUGACCACCUUUAAAUGAUUAUAUAUAUACAGUAUACAUUAAUUGUCACUGUUAUCUGUUAGCUUUCCCCGACUUAUAGGAAACAAUGAUCUCAAAUGUAACUUUUGUUUCCAGUAAAUCACAAAUCUCUAGUCAUCUCAGUCUGAGUCAUUUAGGAAAAAGCAGGUAUAACCUGUCAGCUUUAUUUACACCCAGAGUCGUGUAAAGAACUUGCCUAAUCUACUUUGAAUGACACAAUGGGUUUGUUUUUAGCAAACAAGGUUAAAAACUUCAGACAUGUGAGAUAUUUUGGGCAAUAGGGGUGUGAUUCUCAACAACAAAGUUUGCUUGUUUCUAGUGGUCAGAACACAGAAUUUGAGAUGAUUGUUUUAGUUAUGUACUAAAGUUAAGCAUUUCCUUUCAUUUUUUUGUGCUCUUUUAGUUAAACCUAUAGUAAUGUUGUUUGUGUUGCUUAUUGAAUGGGAGAGAAUGUGUUACAUGUAGAGGAAUUACACCAAUCAGCCUUCCUAAUUUAGUUACCAUCUCUGAAACUGUGGCCUUGCUGUUCCACGCCUUUCUCUCGAACAUGUGACCAUUUUAACAGCUUGUGCAGUGAGGCCUGUGUUCGUUAGUGUCUUUGGUGAGGGUUUAAAAUAUGAUUUACUUAUUUUUUGUAAUUAUUAGUUGAUUCUGCCGGAGUGUCAACGUUGUAAGUUUGGUUUGAAAGAGUGAAAAAGUUGUGUUAGUUGGAUUUAUAUCUGUGUGGCAGCUCUGCCCUUGACUUUAUAACACUAAUUUGUGCUUUUCUUCAAAUCAUCUGAAUAGGAUUUUGGCGUUAUAGGAUUGUUACUGAUUUUAGCUUGCAUUAAAAACAAAUCUGAUACUCA